UCAAUAAGUCUUACUAUAUGAGCGAUGAAGAAAUUCAGAUUAAUAUUAUGAUCAUUAUUCUAAAGAUUUAUGAAACAGAAAUCAGUGAAGAGGUUCUAUUGGAAUUAAGAAAAUGUGAAACUUGGGAAGAAAGAUUUGAAAUUUUCGCCAAAUACUUUUCAAAAGUAAAUUCACUUCUGUCACGCCCUAAUUUACAAACACUGUAUGCAACAAUUUAUAAAAACAUACUGUCUAUUCGGCAAUAUGAUUCUUCUACAUUACCUCGUAUUAAAUCACCUAUAACGUUGUUAAAACCUACGUUGUCAUAUGCACCUGAAUUAGAAGAGGAUUAUGGUUUAUAUAAGAUAACUGAAAAUAAGGUGGUAGUACAUUACGUCGAAGGUAAUCACGUGACGAUCUUAGGAAACGAGAAAGUGGCGGCUGUAAUUAAUGAAGAAGCGUUUUGAUGUAAGUAAUUUUAUUAUUAACGUUAAUAACAAUUAUAUAAUCUUGUUUAAAAUAAUUGUUGUCACUGUUAGAUGUCACAUGCAUUACUGCGAUUAAUUUUGUGACUAUGUGAAAAAUUUCAAUCAUACGACGAUGACAAUAAGAUCGAUUUUGUAUCUUUUAUGAUAUCAUCGUUUUUUUCUUUUUUGUUUUACAUAAAGAAUUUAAUAUUCUUUACUGGCAACAGAAUUUUGUAUAAUCUUUUCAAGUGGCGGAAUGUGAGCAAUGUUUAAAAUUAAAAUUAUACUGUGGUUUAAA